CCACCCCAGACAACAAGCGGCACAGCUUAUAUCCUAAUUCAACCUCCCGCCAUGUGAGAUCAACUUCUAAGGAGCUCGCAUUGCUUGAUUGCAGAUUUUCAUUUGUCCAGAUACCCCUCCAAGAUGUCGUCCACACCAAUUGUCCCCUUUUCGGAACCCCCAUACCUUGCAGGUCACCCUUCGCCCUACUACACAGAGAACCACAGGGCAUGGCAAAAGGCAUGCAGGAGCUUCGUAGAGAAGCAUCUCCUAGCAAAUGCAUUGGAAUGGGAUACUCAAGAGCUCCUUCCUGAGCAUGUCUUCGAGACAUUUGCAAAGGCUGGCAUGUUGCUUCCAUCACUCCCUGCGCCUUUGCCCGUGGAGUGGUUGAAGAGCCUCGGAAUCCACGAGCUUCUGGGUACUGUCAAGGUUGAAGACUUUGAUUACUUCCACACUUUGAUCUACUGUGACGAGAUGGCUCGAUCUGGUCUCGCUGGCCCGUCGGGAUCUCUCACUACCGGCAUGUCUUUCGGUGUACCUCCGAUCGUAAAGUACGGCAACAGGCAACUUCAAGAGCGCUUCCUACCCGAGCUUCUCACUGGCAAGAAGCGAACUUGCAUUGCGAUCACCGAACCUGAGGCCGGCUCCGACGUCGCCAACAUCACCACAACCGCCACAAAGACGCCAGAUGGAAAGCACUACAUAAUAAAUGGCACAAAGAAGUGGAUCACAAACGGGAUAUGGGCCGAUUACUCGAGCAUGGCUGUUCGAACAGGAGGCCCCGGCCCGACAGGACUCUCAAUGGUCGUAGUGCCAUUGAAAGGCUAUCCCGGCGUGAACAUGAGGCGAUUGAAAGUUGGAGGUCAGGUUUCCGCCGGUACAACUUUCAUCGAACUCGACGAUGUCAAGGUUCCGGUAGAGAACCUGAUCGGCCAGGAGGGCAUGGGAAUGAAGUACAUCAUGACCAACUUCAACCACGAACGCAUGACCAUCGCUAUUGGCGCUACAAGGCAGGCUCGCGUCGCUUUGGCAAGUGCUACUGAGUACAUCCUCAAGCGUGAGGCUUUCGGCAAGCCGCUUGUAGACCAGCCUGUUGUGAGGCAUCGAUUGGCCAAGUGCGGUGCAAUGUUAGAAACCCAGUGGGCAUGGGUAGAGCAAUUCGCCUAUUCAUUAACGAAAUUCCCCAAGGAAGUGGCCGAUGUUGAACUCGGUGGCUUGACAGCCAUGGCCAAGGCUCAGGCGGGUAUCGUUCUGAACGAGUGUGCUCAGUGCGCUAUGCUACUUUUUGGUGGAAAUGGAUACACUAAGAGCGGCCAAGGAGAGCUGAUUGAAAGAAUCUACCGUGAAGCGCCAGGCAUCAGGAUACCCGGUGGCUCUGAGGAUGUCAUGCUGGAUCUUGGUGUGCGUCAGUUGGUCAAGAACUUUAAGAACAAGACCAAGGCCCUUGAAAGGCCUCAAGGCUCUUCGAAGCUAUAGUUGUUUAGCGGAAUAAUGAGCAAAUGUACACUAGAAUCAAUGCAUGAAGAUCCUAAGCUUCGGGAAUGU